AUGGCUGAGCGUAGAACGAAACACGUGGGGCAAAAUACAGAGUAUGACCGUUUGCCGCCGCUAUUUAAGCUGGACGAUUACUACCCGUGCCUGCGCGGGCCCGGAGACCGCUACUGCUACGUUAACGCAAUACUGGUCGCCAACGGCAGCAGUGAACUGCUUCAUUUCAUACAAGAAUAUUCCGCCGCCAACACAUUCACACAUUACGACCACAAUUUAAUACAUUGGGGCGUCUGCGUGACGAAGACAUGUCGGCAGUACCUCGGCAACUACACAGUUCAUGAGACCCUCGAAGCCUGCCUCAACUCCUCGCUCCAGCAGACCCACCAGCUCCAAGCCAGGCUGGUGGAAGAGAAAGUUUAUUGCACUGACUUUGAGGAGAAUGAUAACGUAGAAACUGGGGAGAUUGUUGUGGCUACGUACCACGACCCGCUGUUCCACAUAUUCUACAACGGCAACCUGAUCGUGCAGACUUUCUUCGUCCUGUCUGGCUGUCUGCUGGCGUUCAAUCUUCUGCUGGUGGAGGAGAAGGCGCAGCUGACGUGGCCGAGGUUCCCUAGAUAUGUCGCGCUCAGGUGGAUGCGGUUAACCCCACCUUACGCUGCAGUGCUGGCGGUGAUCGCCACUUGGAUGAAGAGGUUCGGAGACGGACCUAUGUGGAAGCCCGUGGUAGGCAUAGAGACGGAGGCCUGUCGUCGUGACUGGUUCUACCACCUUCUGUACUUAAACGACUACGUCGACCACUCACAGUGCAUGGCGCAUACCUGGUACCUUGCAGUAGACAUGAAGCUCACAGUCUUGGGGCUGCUGGUGUUCUACCUGAUGAAGAGUUGGCGUGCGCGGAAGAUCGCGAUUGGCGUGGCGUUCGUUGUUGGCGUCGUCGCGCCCGCGGUCUGCACCUACUUGCAAAACUUGAACGCUAUACAUAUCGUUUCGCCUGAAGUCGCUCGCAACUACUUCGUGGAAGACCCGACCUUCAAUAACUUGUACAAGCGGACGCACACCAACAUGGUGUGCUACGCCAUGGGCUUGGCUCUCGGCAUGUGGGUCUACAAGAGGAUGCAGAUGGACGUAGACGUUACUAAGUAUAAGAAAUACCGGCCCAUCUACUGGGCAACGGUCCCCAUCGGAGUACUGCUGUGUGCCCUCGGCGGCAUCUUCUACAUGGACGGUCUCCAGGUGCCCAUGCUGGCGCGCGUGCUGUACUCGCCGGGCAUCAAGCUCAUGUUCGGGAUGUUGGCGUUCGUGCUCAUUACUGGGACCAUCUUUAAACUGGAGAGUAACAAAUCGGGAAACACAAUUUUAAAUUUCUUUCCGCUGAUAUCUUUCUCUGAAUUUCCAGCCGUGUACCGCGGCUUUCUCGAGUGGCAAGGCUGGGCGGUGUUCGGCCGCGUCUCCUACUGCGCAUACAUCGUGCACGUGGCUGUCAUUCGGACGACCACGGCCAAUCACGCCACCUUGCUGCACACUAACUUCUUACAGAUCGUUUUGACAUACUUCUCCCAUCUCGUGACAUCCUUCGUGAUAGCGCUGCCCUGCUGGAUGAUAAUCGAAGCACCCUUCAACCAGCUAGUCAAGCUCUGCUUCUACCCUGCCCCCAAGGAUGAACCCCAAGAUACCCUCAAAAAUAUGCCCCGAGAAGUUACCCUCAAAAAUAUGUCCCGAGAUAUAGACACAACAGAUGUGAAACCAGUUUUUGUGGUUAGAAACAAAGAGAAAGACUUUGAUGGAACGGUGGUGUUGAAAUUAUAA